AUGUUGUCUAUUGAAGCUCAAAAACCAGAAACACCUCCACCUCCACCACUCGUUACUUCUUCAUCAUCUGCCUCUACUUGUAAUAAUAAUAUUAAUCAUACUCAUAAUCAUAAUGUCGAUGACGAUUCUAGUAGACACGUUGUUUUUAGAUCAAAGUUACCAGACUUGCCCAACAUACCAAACCACAUACCUCUUCAUACCUAUUGUUUCGAGAAUCUUUCUCGAUUCUCCGACAGACCAUGUCUCGUUGUCGGUUCCACCGGUACCACUUACUCUUUUUCCCAAACCCACUUUCUCUCUCGCAAAAUUGCCGCCGGAUUAUCCACCCUCGGUAUCACCAAGGGUGAUGUCAUCAUGCUCCUCCUCCAGAAUUGCGCCGAAUUCGCGCUAACUUUCAUGGCCGCUUCCAUGAUUGGCGCCAUCACCACUGCCGCCAAUCCCUUGUACACUGCCGGUGAAAUCUUCAAGCAAUUCAAUUCUUCCAAUUCCAAGAUGAUAAUCACCCAGGCCCAGUACGUCGACAAGCUUCGUGAUCCAGGUGAACACAACCCUAAAAUGGGCCAAGAUUUCCCGGUUAUCACCGUUGACGAGCCUCCAGAAAAGUGCCUACAUUUCUCUGUCCUUUGGAAAACGGACGAAAACAAUAUACCCUCUGUCACAAUUGAUCCGGACGAUGCGGUGGCGUUACCAUUUUCGUCGGGAACGACAGGUUUACCAAAAGGUGUGAUCUUGACGCACAAGAGCUUGAUCACCAGCGUCGCACAACAAGUCGACGGAGAAAACCCAAACCUUUAUCUAAAGCAGGACGACGUGGUUUUAUGCGUGCUACCGCUGUUUCAUAUAUAUUCUCUAAAUUCGGUGCUAUUGUGUUCGCUGAGAGCAGGAGCCGCGGUGGUACUCAUGCCCAAGUUUGAGAUAAGAUCGUUACUGGAUCUGAUACAAAGGUAUAGGGUGACGGUGGCGGCGGUUGUGCCGCCGCUGGUGCUGGCUUUGGCUAAGAAUCCGAUGGUAGGGAGCUACGACUUGAGCUCGAUAAGGGUGGUGUUGUCAGGGGCGGCGCCGCUGGGGAAGGAGCUGGAAGAUGGUCUCAGAAGUAGAGUCCCCCAGGCAAUUUUCGGUCAGGGCUACGGGAUGACGGAAGCAGGACCCGUUUUGUCCAUGAGUGCAGCGUUCGCUAAACAACCUUUGGCCACCAAGUCGGGUUCUUGUGGGAGUGUUGUCAGGAAUGCUGAGCUCAAGGUCAUCGACCUCGAUACCCAUUACUCUCUUGGAUAUAACCAACCUGGUGAGAUAUGCAUCCGUGGUCCUCAGAUUAUGAAAGGAUACUUGAAUGAUGCCAAGUCGACAGCUGCGACUAUAGAUGAACAAGGUUGGCUUCACACGGGUGAUAUUGGGUAUGUAGACCAUGAUGAUGAGGUUUUCAUUGUGGAUCGAGUCAAGGAGCUCAUAAAAUUCAAAGGCUUCCAGGUGCCACCAGCAGAGCUGGAGGCCCUUCUCGUGAGCCAUCCUUGUAUUGCGGAUGCUGCUGUUGUCCCGCAAAAAGAUGAUGCUGCAGGGGAGGUACCGGUUGCAUUUGUAGUUCUGUUGAAUGGGAUGCAGGAGCUCACUGAAGAAGCUGUCAAGGAUUACAUCGCCAAGCAGAUGAAGAUUGAAGAAGGUGCAUGCUGGCAGGUGGUAUUUUACAAGAAACUGCAUAAGGUGUACUUUGUCACCUCCAUUCCCAAAUCUCCAUCAGGAAAGAUUCUGAGAAAAGAUCUCAGAGCCAAACUCCCAUCCACAUGA